GCCUUUUCCGCUCCGUGGAGUCCGAAGCGUGUUAAAAACUGUUUGUUAUUAUAUGCGUCUCGUUUCGAAUGCGGAAGCAUGCGGACGUGCAAAAACACGCGAGUGAAAAGAAAAGUGUUUUAGAAAGCGUAAAAUAGCGUGAUCUGUACAUACGUUACGUAGAAUAAUGAACAAUUAAUUAAGACACUUUCCGUCAUCGGGCGCAAUGUUAAGUAAUUACAAAAUAACAGAAUCGUAAAGCAAUAAUAAAAUUAUUAUCUAUAAAAAGAUUAGUUUCGCGGUCGUUCGGUUAAAUGAAAUGAACAAUUAACUUUGCUAAUCUAUCGUCCCGAUGGCACUUUCUACACCCCGCGUGUUCCUCGGAGCGAGAAGGUUUUCCGGCGACUCCGACUCCGGCCUGAAGUUGGCCACUUUGGAUCGAGUGCAUCGUUCUUUGGGUGCUCGUGCACCGCGAGCGUUGUUUUUAGGUUAAGGUCGCCGCAGUCAGUCACCGAGCCCAGCCGAGCUUCCUGCAGAUUGUUAAAAAUUAAUCUUUAUUCGAGUCAAUUCGAUGCGGGACUCGCAUCGUAAGGCGGGAAAAAGGAAACGAGAGUAUAUUAUGCUCCGGCACGCAUUUCUCAGCGAACGAACGCUUCGAGAUUUACAUAGAUCGCUGCUAAAUGUGACGAAUCGCGUGACCUUGCAAACGCGAUGAUUCUACGUUAGGUUUGAACGAUGAGGGUCGAAUUACGGUCAUGUCAACGCUCGUUGAGAUUGACAGCUCGUACCCCGUCGACGAUAACGCCUGCGUCGACCCCGAUACGGUCGAGCGUAUCAACUCGCCGGUGACGUACAACGAUUUUUUCUCUCGGCAUCUAAUAGGUAACAAACCGUGCGUCAUCGGUUUGCAAGCAACCGAGAACUGGCCGUGCAGGCGUGAAUGGGUGUCGAAUGGUGCGCCCAAUUUCGAGGUGCUCCGCACGUUGUUCGGACAUUCCGUUGUCCCGGUUGCGGAUUGUAACAGAAAGUUUUACAAUUCGCAAUUCAAGAAUGACAUGUCCAUGGAGAGUUACUUGGAGUAUUGGGUCGAUUACAAGCGGAGCUGCUAUGCCAAAUCGAUGCCGUUGUUGUACUUGAAAGAUUGGCAUUGCGUAAGGAGCUUCCCCGAUGUCCCGAUUUACGAAGUGCCUCAGUAUUUUGUAUCCGACUGGUUGAACGAAUAUUACAUUGCUCAUCCCGAACUAAAUGACGAUUACAUGUUUGUGUACAUGGGCCCGAAAGAGACCUGGACUCCGUUACACGCGGAUGUUUUUACGUCGUAUAGCUGGUCCGCAAAUGUAGUUGGAAGAAAGAGAUGGCUGUUCUUUCCUCCACACGAAGAAGACCACCUUCGUGAUCUUUAUGGGCAAUUGGCGUACGAUGCGGUUUCGGAGGAACUUAACGAUCAUACGAAAUAUAAAAUGUACGAUAGUAAAAAGUUGAAAUGCUUCGAUGUAACUCAAGAAGCAGGGGAGAUUAUAUUUGUGCCAUCUGGAUGGCAUCAUCAAGUUUGGAAUUUGGAAGAUACAAUUUCCAUUAAUCAUAAUUGGAUCAAUGGCUGUAAUAUCACCAAUGUAUGGUGUGCAUUGAAAAAGGAAUUGAGAUCCGUCAUGAAAGAAGUUGACGAUUGCAAGGAUAUGAAGAAUUGGAACGAACAUUGCCAAUUGAUGCUAAAAACCUCUUAUGGCAUGGACUAUAAACAGUUUCUCGAAUUUAUAUCAUUUAUUGCUAAGAAUCGUUUACAUGCUAUGAUAAAAAAGGGUCAAGUCAUAAGUUUCAAUAAGUAUCGUUUCGGACGUAAUCACUGUUUGUUUGAUUUGCGAACACUUAAAACCAUAUUGGAGGAUAUUAUCACAGACGCGCAAGAUCUGUCCGUAUACAGUUUGAUGUGUGAGAAUGAUGAAGCCCGUGUGUUAUUGAAAAAUAUUACUUCGUUUCUCGAGUCUUCUUGUAACAUUGAAAAUGUAGUUCCUCCAUCAACACAAAACCCAAUAAACUGUUAACAAACGACAUAUUGUCAAGAAGCCAAUUGUAAAUUCUGUAAAUAUAGCAUGUACUUUCAUAGUAGACACCAUGUCAUUCAUAUAUGUGUAUCAAGUUUUAUAAAUUUCCCCCCUUAACUUCAUUUAAAUUUUCUCUUAAAAAGACAACAUUUUGCGGAAUCGCUUAUUUUAAGGAUUGCUUUUGUACAAUAAGCACGUUAUGUUAGAUGCCGUCUCUCAUAGCAGAUACAAGUAAAAUUUAUAGAUAAUUAAAUUUAAGAUAAUAAUUAAAGGAGAAAUUCUCAAUUUUAAAAGAAAUUGCAAAUGUAUCAUACAUACAGUAUGAUAAAAAGCAAUAAUAAUCUUAGAUUCUAUAAUGAAUAUGGCUAUAUUAAAAGCGCAGACAUAUGAGUGAAAUUCAUUUUUACUCUUAAAAAAUAAUUAAACAUAGAAAACGUAAUUUUUUUGUCUUUAGUUGAACAUAUACUACUCUCUAAAUGUAAAGAUUUACAAGAAAAAUUUGUUACUUGUACUCUAUUAAGCUAAAGUGCAACCUAAUCGUGGAUACAUUGUUUUUGCUGCUUGCAAAACAAUAAUAUCUCGCAAAACGUAACUUAUAUCUAUCUUUAACGUAUUGUCUUAUUUACUUCCCAAUUACGUAAGCAUAAAUAUUCUAAUUUCUAAGAAUGGCUCUACAUGCGUGUGCGCAUGUGUGCGCCUAUAUGCAUGUGUAUGUAUACACACUAGCGUACAUGUGGUAUUUUAUAAUAAAAAUAUACAAAAUUUAUAAGAUACAAAUAUCACUUUUUUCAGUGAGGAGUGCUCGACAUGUUGACAAACUGCUUAGAUCACGAAUUUUCAAUAAAAUGAUUGAAUAAUGCACAAGUAUACAUUAUUAAAAAUUACAUGUUCAUAAAAAUAUAUAAUUCCUAAUAAUAUAUCGUUUAUAAAUGUGCAUCUAGCCUCGUUUCAUCUAUCGUUCCGAUAUAUGCUACACCUAAUACAGAUAUGCAUGUAAAAAAGAAUUUAUAGAAAUUUUAUUUAUCUAUAGCAGUACUCCAACUAUUUCAAUUAAUUUUGUAAAAUUCGUAGAACCUCUCGGAAAAAAAAGAAAUAAGAAAACCAUAGUUGCAUUAUGUACUCUUCUCUAUAUGUGUGAUACGCCUGUACAUAUUUAUAAUAAAGACAUCUCUUUCUCUCUCUC